GAGCUCUCUGCACUUUCUGUUCAGAGGUGUCAGAAACCCACAGUCAGCCAUUGAAAUAACACCAAGUACUCCAACUCUCCAUCUACUCUCUUUAACCGUGUCUUUCAUUUUGUGCCUGCUACGAAGAUGUUUCGGGGAUCUCUGAUCUUGGUCGCUCUACUCUUGAACUUCAGCAUGGCAGAGGCCCAAGUGCCAGACGGGAAACUGUGUUAUAUCCUGGAUGGGAUUCUCGUGAUCUACGGCGUCAUGCUCACCAUCUUGUACUGCAGACUGAGGAUGCAUCCCAUCUACAUAAACAAUGGCGGACCUCCACAGGUCACUGGCGGGUAUCCACAGAAAGGAGAGGGACUUUACGCAGGUUUGACCCAUAAAGGUCAGGACACCUAUGAGACCAUCAAGGUGCAGAAGAAAGCGAUGCUGGUGUGAUAGAGGAAGAAGACAGUAGAGUGAGUGGUGGUAAACAACAAACCACAACCCUGUCUUACAUGGCAUUUAAAUGAGUUUAGAUCUAUAUGACUUCUUGCUUUCCUUUCCUUUCCUUAGGUUAGGUUGGGCCAGUAGUGUUGGUGGCUGUUGACUGGGGGCCUGAGAUGGGCAGUGUUUAAGAUGCAUUUUGGUUAUUCUGUAAAGCAGCCCUUUCACUUUCUAUAAUUGACUAUCAAUUAACUUGUCAUUUAAAGAUUAAAUGAUUCAGAAACUACCUUAAA